ACGCCGAGCUCACCUCUUAACACAUCUCUCUCCCUCCCCCCUCUCUCCCCUCUCUCUCUCUACCCCUCGCUUGCACGAGCUCGUCGGCGGCGGAGACCGCGGGGGAGGAAGCCUAGGUCGUCGCCGCGCGGCGGCGGCCCCCGUGGAGAUGGGGAUCUCGUUCAAGCUAUCGAAGGUCGGUGUUCGCGUGCACCCGGCCGCGCGCUCGGAGUCCGCGGCGCCGGCGCAGGCGGCGGAGGCGGAUAAGCCGGCCGCGGGGGAGAAUGAGGGGUCCCUUUCCGAGGCGACGCGCAAGGAUGACUUUAUUGAGAGAGCAAAUGAUGUCAAUGGCAUCAAAAUUUUACCAGCGUGCUCCAAGGAAAUUUCUCCAGAGCACGAGGUUUCUUUCACCUUCAGCCUCUAUGACAGAGGUUAUCUCAUUUCAAAGUCAGCAGCAAUGGAUUCUAGCCAGAACUCAAUUCAGGAUGGCAAAACACUGCAUCCCUAUGAUAGAGCAUCUGAAAAGUUAUUCUCUGCUAUUGAAGCUGGAAGGCUGCCUGGUGAUAUUCUUGAUGAGAUACCAAGCAAGUACUAUAAUGGAUCAGUUGUUUGUGAGAUACGUGACUACCGAAAGCAUGUAUCCAAUCAAGUGCCUGCAUCAUCUACUGAGCUAGGACUACCUGUCGUGAAUAAAGUACGUCUGCGAAUGACCUUUGAGAAUGUUGUAAAGGACAUUACACUGCUAUCAGAUGAUUCCUGGAGUUACAGGGAUUUUGUGGAAGCUGAGGCACGUAUUGUCAGAGCCCUACAACCAGAACUUUGCUUAGACCCUACUCCUAAAUUGGACCGGCUUUGUCAGGAUCCUGUUCCUAUUAAGUUGAACCUUGGUAUUGGAAAAAAGAGGAGGCUGAGGCAAAAUCCUGAAGUUGUUGUCACAUCCUGCAACAUGUCUCAUGGUAAAAAGGUGUGCAUUGAUAGGUUGUGUGAAAAUACCAAAGCAGAUGAGACAGGCAUCACUGGUGGUAAUGCAGCUCACCAGGUUGUUGAUCAGAUUUCCAUCCAAAAUAUUUCAGGUGCUUCUCAGCUGCUUAGACAAAAUAAUUCUUCACAAGAUGCUGCCAGAAUGCUGUUGUCCCAAUCUGGUAUACAACAUAUCAGUUAUUCUGCUGCUGGUAAUGAUCGUGUGGCAGGACCUCCUGCCAAUUUUACUGGAAUCAAUUCCAGCAUUUCGUCUCCUCGGAACAUGAUGGCUUACAAUGACGCUGUCACUGCCAAUGGCCUUCUAUCUGUGAAGAGGGAAAUGCAAGAUGCUCCGCUGCAAGAUCCUAAGAGAAUAAAGCAAACUGGUGGCACUGAUGAUGUACAGCAGCAGCAGCAGAUGCAGUGGAAGAACCAACAGCUGCAUCCACAAUUAGAUGUCAAAGGGAUGCAGUAUUCCUCUUCGUUGAGUGGUCAGAGAUAUCCUUCUCCAAUGAUGAACAAUAUGCAAGAUUCAGGGGCUUCCUUCUAUUUCAAUCAACAGGGUUUGAGAUACGUUGCUAAGCAAGAGCAGAUGGAUGGUUCUGAUAGGUCCAAAGACGCCUUACAGUCUAUGGCACCUGAAAGUUCUGUGCUGGAUCAGCAGCAAUCCCAGGCUCAACAUUUGUCACAGCAAUCAACUGCAAGAAACAAUGCUCUGAACAUGGCACAGUGGCAGAAUACUCGUUUUUCAGCUGAGAAGGAUUUGAAAAAAGAAGAAAUUAUCCAGAGAAGAAAGUUAGCUACUAGCUCCUGUGCCCCUUCUGGAACAAUAGUUCAAUCUCCAGUGUCCUCUAAAUCUGGAGAGAUAUCAAGCAGUUCAAUGGGUGGCCAGUUUGGUUCUGCUGUGACAUCUGCUGUAAUAGGGGUGCAGAAAGAUAAGUUUGCUGCAAAUUCCAGUGCUGCUGUUGGAUACCCUUCUGUAGCUUCCAGCCCUAGUGAUUCUAUGCACCGGAUACAGCAGCCUGCUGUUGCUCCUUCAAAGAGAAAAACAAGUUCUGUGCCCAAAACUCAACCACCUGUGAGCGGUGUAGGGUCUCCAGCCAGUGUUUCAAACAUACACCCUGUGCUGAAUGCUAGCAGCCCAUCAAUUGGGACCACACCUACGGGAGACCAAGCGAUCCUUGACAAAUUCGCGAAAAUUGAUGCUCUUUCACAUCGGUACCAGCUGCACAGUAAGAAGAACAAAGUUGAUAAGAUACCUCAAAGGAAACACAGGAUCAAUGCAAGCCAAGAUGUUGCUAGUUGUCUCUCCAGUUGCUUCCAUACGGAGGAUUAUAUAGAUACAAUAAGACCUCUUUGUAACUCAAUGAUUAGUGGUACUAUAAACACGUGCAAGACUAGAAUAAUAAACUUUGUGGGCACGAACCGCAUGUAUCAAGGUCAUGCAAGGCCAUUCCGGGUCAUUUUCAAGGAAAUGCCUGAUGAUUCUGUAAGAAUGCAAUACGGAGAUCUAGAAGAUUUUGAUGGUCCGAAUUCACAUGAUUGUGUAUUCAUAUUACCAACGAAGUACUAUGCCGACUUGCUUGGAGAGCAACUUCUUCCCCUGAUGUUGCAAGAUGGGCAUUCUAAGGCAGAUGAUCAAGUUGUGCGUGGCACCCCUCCUGGUAACCUCAGUACACUAUCAGGAAUUUUACCAGACAAUUUAGCAAGUGACGUGAAGCAAGAGGGAGGUAUAAGCCAACAACUUAAUGUUGCAGCCCAUGCAAACAUGGCACCUGGAACACCAAUGCAACAGCUUCCUGGCAAUAGGAUGCUUUCACCUGCAAAUAACAACCAGGUCUUAGCAAUGCAGCAAGGGUAUGUGCAAGGGGCAACCAUGCCUCCAAGGAGCCAGCAACUGGACCAAAAUUUGGUUCAGCAGCCGCCGCCGCAGCAGCAGCAGCAAGCGCAGCAGCAGCAAAAUGCCCAAGCGCAGCAGCAGCAGCAACCAUCAUCUCUUCCACUCAACCAGAUGCAGAGACCUCAGCUACUACCAACGAGCCCAUUAUCUCAGAUGCUGGGUCCUGGCUCAAAUCUUCCAAUGGGUUCAAGCCAGAUGGGUAACAAUAAGGCUGCUCCUACUUCCUUGCAGCUUCAGAUGCAACAGCAGCAACCUAUGUCUAGGAAAGUGAUGAUGGGGCUUGGCUCAGCCAUGAACGUGGGCAAUAUGGUUAACAAUGUCGUUGGCCUAGGUGGUCUUGGAAACGUUAUGGGAAUGGGCAACGUGCGGCCAAUAUCCUCCCCAAUGGGAUCAAUGUCAGGCUUAGGAAACAGUUCCAAUCUGAUGAACCUUGGAAUGGCAUCGAACCUUGCUGGACUUCGUCCAGGUAUAAGCCACGCUGCUAUUGCCAAGAUGCGCUUGGCGCAGCAAAGGGCAGCAGGCAUGUAUCCCCAGGCUGGAAUGGUUGGAAUGCCUGGGAGCAGUUCUCCGAUCAUUCCUAGUUCUGCCGGCUUGUCCAUGAUGGGCCAUCCGCUAAAUAGAAGCAACCUCAGCACCCUGCAGAGGGCCAUGAUGUCUAACAUGGCUCCUCCAAAGAUGCCAGGAAGUAACUUUCAGCUUAACCCCCAACAGCAAAUGCAGCUCCAGCAGCAGCUCCAACAGAACCCGCAGCAGCAGCUCCAACAGCAGCAGCAUCAACAACAACUACAGCAGCAGCAGCAACAAAUGCAACAGCUACAGCAGCAGCAGCUGCAACAACUACAGCAGCAGCAGCAGCAGCAGCAGCAACAACAACAACAGAUUGGGUCUCCAUUACAGCAGGCGCAAGUGGGCUCACCUGCUGGCUCACAGCAGUCGUUGAUGAUGCAGCAGCAACAGAUAAGCCCUCAGCAAAUGGGUCAGCACACUGCGAUGAGCCCCCAGUUGAACUCAGGAACUCUUCAGCAAAUGAACAAUAACUUGGCUAACCCUGCAGCCACACCAGGCCUGCCCCCAAGCCCGCAGCUGAGCUCACAGACCCAUGGGUCGGUCAACAGCAUCGCUAACUCUCCGAUGGAGCAACUGCAAGGUGCCAAUAAAGGAGGUCCCGCAAGCAUGUAAUAACUGGGAAUACUUGGUUCAGUUCUUAGCCUAGAUCACUGAGCUUUCUUGUUGUGGUAAAUGAGGUCAAGUCAGGUGUGUUAUAAUUUAUAGCAUAUAGAUGUUAAGGAGGACCAGCUAUGCUAGGAUUUCUGAUGUUGUAGAUUUGUAGUUAGUAGGAAUAGCUCGUGUAUAAGUUGGGUACUGGGGCAAGCAUUGUUCAAUUGGACAGUUUUUUUCUUUUCUUUUCAUGUUUAAAUUAAAAUGGUCCAAUUGUGGAACUGCUACAUAGCCAUUGUGAUUAUUAAUAAGUAUCGUCAUUUGUGCGAUAA